UUGACAGCACCAUUACGAAAACACAAGCGCAUAAAUGUCUCUCCGCGAUAUUUUCAUAAGAAAUGACUUCUACAAAUGACGGAAAAGACGUGAAAAGUAAUCAAAAAAGUAGUCAAAAAGGCAAAACAUAUUAUAUUGAACUUUACAAGUCGCUGGAGUCGCGGUUGAGCGGCGACAGCACCGGCGAAGAGCGUACCCGAUGCGUGGGCGAGGCGUGGCGGCGCGUGCACAGCCUGUGCGGCCACUCCGCGCCGAGCACGCACCCUCACCUGCUGUGCUGGCUGCAGAGGCACACCGCUAGGACUGUGCUGCAGACAGAAUGGCCAAAAAGCCCGGACCAGCACACGAUAUUAAUAGACGCGAUAGAUGCGUUCCUACAAGACUGCUCGGAGGCGAUAUCUAAACGCAAUGGGGAGAGCCUCGACUGGGAGUCGCAGCUCCAGCAGUGGGCUGAGGGCUUCAAGAAGAUCCUGCCGAAUCCCUGGGGGCAUCCUGUACUGCAGGCUCUGCUGGGUGGACAAGUGCCGAGUGAUGAAGAGAUACUAGAAUGGCUGAAACAAGAGCGCGGCGUGAUGCUCGUGACGCGGCUGCGCCAGAUGGUCGCAUCCAAGUCGUGCGUGGAUCUCGCGCUGAAGCUCGCCGCCACGCUGCGCACGCGCACGCGUCCGCCCGCACCGACGCACGCGGAUGGGGCGCCAGAAAGCGCAGAGGCCGCACAGGACACAACGGAGUUCGCGGAAGUGCUGCGGCACGAGGCCGGCUUCACGCCCGACGUCUGGAACUUUCUCAUGGACAUCGAGUUUGUUCUAUUGGAUAAGGUCAAUAAUAGGCCUUCGUGUAUUGAAUUGGCAAAACAGAUACCGUUCCGGGAAGCUUGCCCGCUAGUCGAGAGGCUUAACAGCCGUCUGGAGUCGUCGCCGCAAGAGAAGAAACUAUGGAAGAACGCCAAAGAAGUUGCUGUUCUUAUUGCACAGGUUGUGAUAGCGAGAUGCAUGCUGGUACCAGUGUGCCGAGGAGAUGUGCUCGUAGCGCUGAAGGGUUGCUUCCGCUCCGCGGUGCACAUGAUGGGCGAGGAGAAGCUGUCCACCUGCAGCGUGGGGCUCGCUGCCCUGGCCACUACGGCUAGGCACUUGCAUACCAUGGCCGCCGCUGCACACAAACAGCUGAAAAGGGAAAGGACACCGUUUGUCUGCCAAUUGUAUGUGCGAGCGAUCACUGCCGGCAUGAACGAACUGGAAAAACUUAAACUUGCUACUGAAAAGGAAGCUGAAGCUCGUUCAACAGAGCAGACCCUAUCGUCAUGGUUCACUCACCUCGGCUCGCUUCUAUCAGCCAGCAAUCGGUUGAGAUGUGAAUGCUUGCUGACUGCAUUCUCUGUGCACCCAUCACCAACUAUGUAUGAUAUGGUCAAGACAGCUCCACAUUUGGAGGCUAUUAAGGACAUGCAAGAGCCAAACUUGGAAACGACCUCGGAAUUCGGCAGCUGGUCGACCGACAGCCGCACACAAACCAAUCUAGUGAAAACAUCGGAGACUCUAAACAUUAAACACACACAGAAACAGGCGAACGUACUUUCGACGGCCAUUUUUAGCGAGGGCGAAGCGCUGGGGCUUGAACCAGAGUUGUGCAAUGAUCUAGCUGUAUUGCUGUCUGGUCCCAGAGUGAAAACACUUACGUGGGAUAUGGAACGGGAAGUUCUACUAGAAAACUGCAGGACAUACAUGGAACGGACUCACGGCGGCACUAAAGCGCUAACCACUGAGCUCAAGUACCUCAACUUGGACCCAAGUUCGUUCCAGCACUUGCCAGAAGAGGACGACAACGAAGAUGAUGUCUAUUAUGGAAUCGAAAAGGGUUACGAGCAUUUGUUAGAAGCACAAGAACCAUCGCCAGAAUAUCAUCCGCAGUUAUGGCAAGACCCAUUUCUCGAAAGUCCGUCUAUAAGCAGCGACGAAUCUUUAAUUGUCGUCAGACGGCGUAAAAAGAAAAAGAAACGAGUGUAUAUUGAAGAUCCACUGAAACUUGACUAUGAAACCAACAGUAAUAAAGCAACUGAAAGGUCUACGAGUAUAGGAGAGAGUAAAUCAAAUUCAAGAGACACCACACCACACCACAGCCAAAGCAGUCAAGAUGCUGAUUAUAAAGAUACAAAACCCAGCAUUGAGGCCAAAGAAUCAAAGAAAUUAAAGAAAGAGAAAAAACAAGGACUGAAAAAAGAAAAGAAAGAAUUAAAGGAACGAAAAAAGAGGGAGAAAUCAAAUAUCAGAAGUGAGACUCAGACAGACAACCAAAAAGUGAGUGGAGGCCUAUCGCGAUUACUUGGUAUGAAAGUUAUUAGGAAGACUGAUGAAAAGGAUAUGGUUGAUAUGGACAAUGCUCUCAAAUUACAGAGUAUAAAGAAUGAUGAAAAAAUGGCCAAGAAGACUGAUCAAAAUAAAUUUAUGGACAACAAAAGUAAUAGAUUGAAUAACAUUAGCAAUGAAAGUAAAUCAUCAGGUAAUUCACACGAAAACAGCUCCGUUGUUUUCGAUGGACUUUUCUCUAUGGAUGACAUGAAGUUUCCGGAUACACAAAUUAUUUUACAGGACAAAACACACAACAUAUUAUCUUUUAAUGCUACUAAUCCCCCUCCACUAGCUCCCAUUAAGCCAGAUGUCAAAAAUAGUACCUCACAAAAUAUUACAAAUAACAAAAUUAAUGAGGAAGUUAAGAAAAGCGUAAAAAGAUUAAUCGAUUUUAGACGUCAAAAGCUUCAGGACCAACAAGUGAGUGAUUUACUACAAUGUAGGGAAGAAUUUCCAAGUGAAAGUGCACUACUUGACUCUGUUAGUCCGAAAUUUGUUCAAGUGCCAGAUAUUCCAACAGCUGUAAUUUCAAAACCAAAUAAGGACUUCCUGAAUGUGCCAAAACCCCAGACGUCGAAUGAGACCAAUACUCGACACAACGACAAAACUCGUGAGAAUAACUUUAUCAAACAAAAGACAAGUAAACUAUCUGAAAAAGGUGUGACUGAAUCAGCCAGUCAGAGAGCUUUUGAAGAAUUUCUUAAACUACAGUCAUAUGAUGCUGUGAAUCUCUUAGCGUCUCCUCCAUUACCACAGCCAGUGGCAAAAGUCGAUAAUGUAACUCAGAAGAAAUUUGAACAUUUAUUAAAUCAUAAUGCAAAGAAUCAAGUGUCAUUAUUAAAGACAAGUAAAUCAAAGCCGCAAGAUUUAUCGCAGAAAAAGGGCCCUCAGAAAACAACACCAAAGCCCUCUUGCAAUACAGAUGUUCCCAUAAAUAAAGAUGUUGCACCAAAUCCAACCCAAAUACCUAAUACCAAAUCUCCUUCUACGAUGUAUGAUCCAACACAGAAACAUUUUCAAAAUUUUUUAAAAGAAUUACAACAAAGUAUUAAUGCCGGUGCUUUUGCCAAACAAAAUAUAUCAAGUGAGAAAUUUACAGCCAACAAGAUUUUCAAACAACAAAAAAUAGCUGACAAUGCACCCAAUACAUUUUCUCGUCUUAGUUAUUUGCAUAAAAGUAAACAAAUGGAGAAUAAAAUGAAGACUGAAGAAGAAAUGAGAGCUAAAACCGAUUCAAAUCACCUUACCACAGACCUUGAUAAAAUGCUGCAGCUUCAAUCAAAUGGCCAAAUUGUUAUAAGCAGAGUGAACAAAAACCAAGUUAAAAAACCGAUAGAUCCGAUGCCGGUACGCAGUGUAAAGAAACCAAAGCCAGUGUCAAAAAUUGCACAAAAUCAUCCACAUCUCAUUAACUCAUUACAGGCUAAAUCUACCAUUGGAAAUUGUAAUGCAAAUCAAACUUUGCAUAAUAAUUUGAUUUCUCAAUAUUCAACUAAAGUUGAAACUGCUUCUACAUCAACUGCAUUGUCGGAAAAAGAUCAAGCCGAUUUAUUGCUUCUGUUAAGGCAAAAAAGUAAAUUGAAUGCAGGAUAUUUUGCUCAAAAUAAGACAUAUUUCAAUGAUGAGUUUUAUUCAUCGUGUCCCACAACAAAUAUCACAGAUUCUUCAUUGAAAUGUCAACCAGAUGUACAACCACAUAAUACAAAUUUAUUGCAGCAACCAAUCCAUAACUCCAUAGUAAAUGUCUCUAAACUCAUUGAAGCAUCUGUAACUAAUCAGAUAUCAGGGAGCAGGCAUGACGUAACUACAUCAAUACCAAUUACUAAUGAAUUAAAAACGAACCUAACAAAUACGAAUACCGUUAUAAAAACGGUGAAUUCUGUGGCUCCGAGAUACAUUCAGUUCAAAGUCCUUCAAAAGGAUGAACAGGAAGUAUAUGAAAUUAAUAAUGAUAUGAAUUUAAAAGAGAGUUGUAAUUUUCGGGAUUCAUUACCAAAGAAAGAGAUUAAUGAACAUGCGUCCAUAGCUAACCAUUUUUCUCAUAUUGAUGAUUAUUUAAGUUAUCAUAAUAAUUAUCACCCUGUUCAACCCUUAAGUCAACAAAACAUAGAGAGAAAUAUGAACGAAGUUGCCCCAGCAUUACUACAAGAACCGCAAAUGAAUAUGUUUAUGACAAGUAGCACAGAAAUUAAGGAAUCUGAGAAGAAUCAAUUAAAUAUUAUGAUCUGUCCAAGUACUCAAGAAAAAGUAGAAGACAAAAUACCACUGCCAGUGAAACAAUCUUCUGUUCAAGUAAAGUCUACUGAUACAAAGAAAAAGUCUGUACCAAAGGUUGCUCAAACAACAGCAAAACCGCAACAAGAUGAACCACCUAAGAGUGACUGGGAAAGUGUCCUUGAUGAUCUCCUAAAACAUAAAACCCCUAGCCGCGGCCCUAAGGCUCUAGAUGUAGCCCUAAAAAGGGAUUCUUUUGAAAAACAUUUACCACAAAAACAAAAGACCGAAUCAAGUAAAAAGAAAGGUCGUGGAGCUAAUUACGACUCUAUAAAAAUUGACAGUGCAUCUAAGAAGAAUACCACACAUUCCCAAGUUUUCCAACCCUUUACAGAAACUUUGAAUUCCACAAAAAAACCGAAUGAAGCAUCCUCGACUCAAAAGUUUGUUAAAGUAGAGAAUUCUAAAGAAGAAGACCCUUUCAUAUCUGGAAUUCACAAUUCUGACUAUGACUUAUUAGAUGAACUCAUGGAUGAAGACUUACGUCAGGAAAUUGAUGAUGCGUAUCGCCCCGUAGAUCUUUACACUCCAAAAGAGAAAGAAACCUUAAAUACCACUAGUACUUUUAUGACUACAGAGAAUUUUAUACAAAAAGAAAUUCCACCAUCAUCCAUAUCUGAUCUUCGCCCAAAUAUUGGGACAAACAUUCAAAACAAUGUCAUUAAAUGUAACAAUCCAAAAAGUGUUAUUCUAAACAUACCAAAGAAAGCCUCCAGCAAUGCUACGUUGGAUAGUAAACCCCGUGUUAUAUCAAAUGAGUUAAUAGUAAGCAAUACUAAAAUUGACAAAAAUAUUAUGAAAAAAACAAAACCUAAGCAAAAUAUAACACAAAAACCUGCAAUAAAAAUUGAUACUACAGCCCUCAGUACUAAUUUGAAGAUCAAUCGAAAGGAGUCACAAGGCAAUAUUAAUGUUUCCUCCCCAAUCGUAAAUAUCGUGAAGAAAUCAGUAAAAAUUAAUUGUACUUCAAAUAUACACAAAAGUAAUUCAGAAAUUCCAACAAGUUCUGGAAAAACUGUAGAUACGACAGAAGUUCUUUUUGCUCCGCAAUUAAUAAAAUCAUCACAGAAUUUGAUGGGUUUGCAAUCUAAUAUCUGUAAUAAAUCAUUCAUACAAAGUAAUCCACAAGAUGCAACAGUGAGAAAUAACGCAUACAAUUGUGCAACAGCAACACCAAAUGUCUUCAUAGAUAAUCCUCCAUGCAAUUCAAAACAAGUUGGAAGUCCUGUAAUUUUGAACAAUAUUGCUGGAUCGACAUUAACUAAACCAUCAAUAAAUUUUACUCCGACGCAACAAAUUUCAACAUUAGACGAUGGACGAGACAUGAAAUUACAAACAACUGUAAAUGCAGCUAAUAAUCUUUAUAAAAAUAAUGUAGCUGCAGAAAGUAUGGCUAAUACGCUACCAAAUUAUAAAUCCACAAAGAAUCUGACCACUAAAUCUGGAUUGACUAAAAAUGUAAAAGUUAAUGAUGAUGCGAAACAUUAUUCUUACCGAGGUUCCUACUUAGGGAAGUCAAUUAUACAAAAUAAUGAUCCAAUUAGAAAACAAACUAUAGAUGAAGCAAUUCUUAACAACGAAAGGAAAGUUUUGUCCGAAGUACAAGAAAAGUUACAACAUGCUCCAAGUGAAAAGUGUGAACCAAAGAAUAAUCUAAUAAUAAAUAAGAAGAGUUUAUUUGAAAAAGAUAUAAUAUAUGAAUCGAUUGAAACUAAAAAUAACUUAGUUAUAAAUAAGAAAAAAGUUAUUGAAAAUGACGUAAAAUCACAUGACUCUAAAGAAAUAGAAUUUGAUCAAGUAAUGAAUAAAAUUAAUGCAUUUGAAAAUAACCCAAAAUUACAAAAGUCCGUUGAGGACAAAAUCAUACUAGCAGACGAUAGCAAAAAGGCAUUGGAAAAAUCUGGUCAUACAAAAAACAUUAUAACAAUACAGAAGAAUUUAAUUGAAAAUCCUUUAAAUUCAAGGGAAAUUAUUGACAAAGAAAGAAUACAAAAUAAAAGGAGAUCGAUUCUAAAUAAACAGACUAUUCACAACUAUUGUAGAGAACCCAUACCUCUUUCUUACUAUACACUGAAUAAAAUAACACCUGUAAAUAAAAAUCAUAAAAUAGAAAAAACAAAUUUGAGUCCCGAAGGUGUAGGAAAUAUUGCGAACGUUUCAUAUUCAGACCAAACAUCAAAGAUAUCUCAAUCAAAAACAUGCUAUAGUGAAAAUGUGAAACAUGUAGAAUCAUCAUUAGAAGAAGAUUGUGUAGAUCAGAUCUUAACAGGACCAACAAAUAUUGAAUGUAAUUUAGGAGGUAACAUUAAUAGUAUUGUAAAUGAGACUAUUGGAGAAAAAAGUGUUUUGAUGCCUGUAAAGCAAAAUAAUAUGAACAUUUGUGAAAAAACUCAAUCAUCUUCAUUAAAAUCACACAAAAGUUUGUUCAAACAAUACGAUAUAAAUUCGUCUAAAAGAGAUAAUCAGAAAGAUCUUGGGAAAGUAAUUGAAAACCUUUAUGAUAAAAUUGGUAAAAAGAGUACGCAAAUGACAGAAAUAAAAAAUAACACGACAAAGAUCAGUGAAACUGUAAAAACAGCAGACAUAACAGAUGUCGAAAAUGAAAUCAAAAAUCAAAAUCCAGACAAAGUAUGUAAAAUGAGAGAUGAAAAUCAAAUCCCUGAAAAUGGUAAUGAUGUGAUGACAACCGUUCUCCAUAAAACAAAUCGCUUUGAAUGUAUAAAUUUAGACGAUAUCUCUUCAUCUGCCACCAAAGGAAUUGAAUCCAAUUUAAAUUCCUCUGAAAGUUGUUUAAACACAAAUCUUGAAGAGAAUACUAUUUCAAAAAAUAACAUAGAUAACGUGAAUACAGACCCUUUGUUGGAAAAGUAUAGGGAUCAAAUAUAUUUUGAGGAAAUCCCCCGUGAACCCAAAGAUGAUCCAUUAAAAAGGAUUAUUAGAAUAAAGUUACCUAACGGAUCUACUUUUAAAGCAACCAUAUCCGGAAAACUUGAUAUAAAUGUCGAUUCAAUAUUUACCGAUCCUCAGAUGAAAACGAUACUACUUAACAAUACUAUAAAAAAUAAGAAAUGUACCCUCAACCUCAGACAGGUAACAGUCCCCGAUAAGAAUAAUUCUGCGGAAAAAAAAUUCGUUAACGAAAUUUUGUAUCCGAAAAACGUAAACGAUGACGCUGAAACAAUAAAUCUCAUAAGUGACGACGAAGACAAAAGUAAUAAACCUACUAAGCACGUAUUUCAAACAGAAUUUGGUGAUUACUGUGUUCCUUCUAUUGAAAAAGAAGUACUUCUAAAACACCAAAAAAGAUUUUUACAGAAGUGUUCGGUGAAAAUAGAACGUGGUGACAUUUUAAAGAAAAUUCGGGCGGCUAAAGCUUGUCUGCGAUUAGAAUCUAAUACAAUUUGUGGUUUUCAAGAUUUACCACAGAAUAUGGAUGAAGAAAAGCUAUUUAAUGAGGGCGAUGACAAUGACAAUAUUAUUGAAAUAGAUGACAGCUCGAACGAUUCUGUAAACAAUAUUAAAAUGAUAAAAUCCCCUGAAAGACAAUCAAAUAUAAGGCCUAAACUUAGUAGAGACCUUGACGUGCUUAAAAACUCAAAUAUAAAAAGAUUUCUUCUACCUAAUUCUUUCGAAACAAUAGUCGAUGGUGAACCUAUUAUUCUGGAGGAAACUGAGUUUGUUAAAAUUGGAGAGUUUGAAAAUAUUUUAAGAGAAUCAAUUAAUGAUGACAAAAAUAGAUGGAUGAGCAGUUGUUUUGUGAAACUUAUUAGAUGUGAUAAUGACAUUUCAAUAAAUAAUGACAACGUAGAUGAACCCGACGAUUCGACGUCUAGUUUACAUCGUAGCGGCUCUUUCUCUAUUUUAAAUGAUUAUUUUAUUGAUGACUUAGAAUUAGGAGAUGACAUAAUAAAUCAAACAGAAGAAAGUUCAGAAAAAAUAUGUCAACCUGGCUUACGUUGUUAUUCAGAAUGGCUCUUUACAAAAGCUUCGCUUCGCAACAUGGCAUUAGAUAAUAGCCAAUUUAACAAUUGUCUCCAAUGUGAAAAAAUACCUUUGGAUGAAAUUCAAGAUGUUUCAACGGACUAUGAAAGUGAUUUAGAUAGUUAUUCAUCACUUGCUGCUGAACAGAACAAACACCAAUGUGUGGAUCAAAAUCAAUUACCACCAAGCUUAGUUUCAAUCAUGACGAAAUACUUCGCCAAUAAUCCAAUUAUUGAUUUUCUAAAGCCUCUAGCUGCUGUUAAUCAUUCCGUCCCGGCGAUAAAUUUGAAAAGAAAAACUGUACAUGCUUCUGCUGAUCAAGGUAUAACAAAGAGCAAAAUUUCUAAAACAAUUAUCUCCAUGAAUAAGCCACUGGAACUUCAGGCUUCUAACGAUAGCUGUAUACACAAUAUCGUUAAUAUUCCUGAAGCCAUCGAUGGAAAUCAACAGAAGGAAGAAAAACUCCAGAUCGAUAUUAUGAUUGACAACGAAAAGGUUGAAAAACGUGUAAGGAGUGAUGAUAAGGUUACAAUUGAAAAUAAAGACAAAAUACAGAUACCAACUACUAAACAACAUAAAGAAUAUGUAUGUGCUAACCAAAUACCGAGUAAUUUGAAAGAAGAUAAAACAAAGUUCGCGCACACUUCCAAUGACACAAUAUUUUCAAAUGAUAAUGAUUGCUUAAGAAUGUCUACAUCGCCAAUGGAUAAAGCAAGGGAAUAUAAUAAUAUGUGCACCUCAUAUUUUGAUUAUACGUAUACAGUAAGAUGCGUUGUUCAAGAGUUUCUUAAAAAAGAGAAAGAAAGUUGGGACGAAAAUAGCUUACAAUUUAAUCAAAUAAAAUAUGAAGGUAUUACCGAUAUUAAGAAUAGUACAGAUGAUAUCUUUGAUAGUAAUUCAGUUAGAAGAGAACUUACAGAAAGUGAUGAAUGUAGCAAUAAAUUAAAGGAUGUACAGACUAAAGAUAAUUUAGGGGGCUUAUCAAUAGAUCAAAUAAAAUUAGAUGGCUUAACAACCGAGAAAGAAUACGUGGCAGAUUCAAUUUUGGGGAAAAAAGAAACAAAAGAGACAUAUGAAAAGCCCAAUGAAAAUAUCCAAAAAAUUGUUGACGAUUCUAAAAACUUAACCAUCGAAAUGCCGGCUAUUAUAGAAGAAAAUAGCGCAGUGUUUUCCAUCAACGGUGACGUUUCCGACCGUACUAAAUUUAAUGAAGGAAAUCGGACAUUUACCGAUGAAAACCGCAACUCUAAAGAUUUAUCACUUUAUCAUAAGACCCAUAACAAUAACUUGGAAAUGAUGUUACCUAAAUCAAAUGUGUCUGCCCAAAAAAAUGUCACAUUAAUUUAUAGUGCAAAUUCAGAAGUUAUAUUAAAAGGCUCUGAAUACAAAGAUCCCAAAAUAGGCACAUGUUACUUGUUUCCUUUGAGAACUUAUUUAAAAAAAGGAGAAGAAAAUGGAGUUUUGAACGUAUUAAAGAUAAAUACCGACCAUUCAGAUAAUGGUGUGAUUGAAAAAACAAUUGAUGAAGAUGACUUUCAUAUUAUGAUUCCGAAGCUAACAUACUCCAGACAUAGAAUUGAUACAAACACGUCUCUGCAAUAUUUAAACAGUUUUAUCAAAAGAAAUUUGAAGAGAAAGAGAGAUUCAGUAGAUACAAAAAACAACGAAAAACGAUACCGAAAAGGUAAAAAUAUUGACUAUCCUAAAUUUACAGUAGCCGCUAUGGAAAAAUCUGCGUAUGUUAAAGAAUUUAAUCGAUUGAUUGAUUAUUGGAACAAUGUAAAAUUCUCAUUUUCUCGAUCGUACCAUAAGAUAGAAAACUUUGAUGUAUGUGACUUAUUAAAAUCAUGGCCUAUAGAAGGAACCAUUAAUGUUUCAGCAAAUGACUGUACGGACGAAAAUGUUCUUUUUAUUUAUGAUAACGAUGAAGCCAAAUUCGACUACGAUCCCCUCCAUAAAUCAUUUGCAGAGGAACUCGCAUCGGAGUAUCAAGAAAAUGAAUAUAAAUCAAUCGAAAUUAAUGAAACUAAUUUUAGUAUGGGUUUUGGUGAGGGGUCCGACAGAGUCAUCCAAAGUUAUGUAGAUCGAAAUACUCUUCCAAAAAUUUCGGCUGCGACUCUGUCGGACGUAAAACAUGCUCAGCCGUCUUUAUCAUUCGAGUAUUGUAAGAAUUUGAAUAAAACAAGUGAAGAUAAAAUUGAAGUUACACAGCGUUACAUUUCAUAUGUACGUCUUAAAGACAAAGUUCGUUCCUUUUUCAAAAGGACAGCUCUCGAGCUUCACAACGAUUGGAUAUUAAAUAACACAAAAGAAUGUAAGAAUUGUGAUAAUAUUUAUGAAAGCUCUAAUUUUCCUUUUGAUGUGAACAACUUGGAUUUUUUUGGGGUACCUUAUAGUGAAUCAGUAGUACAAGUAGUUCAAGUGGGGCAGCUUCCAGUGAGUGCUGCAGCUCAAAAUCCGGUCACAUGUGAUCCACGUGUUACCCAAGUGACAGACGCUAGUCCACCACAAUGCUCCGCUGAAAAUAGUCCCCGUGAUGGGUCCCAAGCCUCAAUGAAAACUGAAUAUACUGAAUUAACUACAGCUGAUCUAAGUAUUCCUUUGGUUCAAGAAUAUGACAGACACAACCAAACAAUGCAUAUGUUAUCUCAAGAAAAUCAUAAACUGUCAUUCUCUGACGAGAAUAUACCAAUAGAAACUGAGGUCAAUUCUAUCGUUAAAAUAGAAAUAGCUGAAGAAGUCCUUGAAAGCGAAGAACAGAACGAGAAUGUGGAAAAUGAACUUAUGAAUUCUGUUACAAAUCAUGAUUCAAAUAGAAAUUACUCGUUUGAUACAAAUACCGUUAACUCCAUGGACUCUCAGGAUGAGUUAUCAUUUGAAUCAUUAAAUAAUUGUAAUCCGUAUUCCCAACAUGAGGAACAAAAUGACUCUAGUGAAAAAACAGAUCAAAUUGCCCAUGCCAUGAACGCUGCUGGAAUAAAUACAAAUUCUGAAUCACUCAUUGCAGAGGAAUCACAAACAAUUGGGAAUAUUUUGUGCGAUAAGUCCAGCGAAGAAUCGAGAAACGCAACACAAAAUUCUCACGAAAAUUAUUCCAAAACCACUGCUAUUAAUGCUUUAGCUUUACAACAAGCAUUAGCUCAAAUAUUACCACCACCUUUGAAUCGAACAAAUUCUUCUGAAAAUAAUAACCAAAAUACUAAUACCCCAUCUCCUCAAGUUCUGCACAUUGUGCAAGGAAAGAAUUCUUCUGUAAAUCAACUAACGUUAGUUGAUAGCUCUCAAAAAUCUGUUAUUAACGCUUCUAACUCCACACCUGUGUUACAUAUAGUGCAAAAUAAAGGGACCGGGGGCGGCGCGUCGUCGGCCGACGAGCCGUCCGCGCUGCCGCUGCGCUCGAGGCCCCGCCCGUCCUUGAUCACGGAGUCCAGCCGCAUCGCGUGCGCGCCGAGCCCGCUCGAGUCCGUCGAGUUGUUCUCCUCGAAGGGGCUCUUGCAGCACUUGUCGCUGUCGCUGCUGAAGUCCAACGGCCGGCGGCCGUCCGACCUUUCUGAUACAGAAUUCGACUCCCAGAACAUCUCCGUGUUCCGUUCCGGCGAGGAUCGGUCGUCGUCGACGUCGGCCAUCGAUUCCAGCGUCGCAACCCUGUCCUCCAGUUUCGUGGCGUCCAUGAGGUUCGCGUCCAACAGCCUGGGGUUGUUUUGCACCCCGCCGUCGGGUGUGGCUUGCGAUAUGACGGUGGUUUGCGGCGCCGUCACCAGCACGGUAGCGGGCGCUCUAGAUGCAUGA